AUGCAACAACAACAACAACAACAACAACAACAACAACAACAACACGAGCCACGAGUCGAAAUUGCCACCGAUUGCUGCUAUCAGCAAUGGACCACGCACCAUCAAGCUCAGCACGUUCAGCCGAUUACGAACCUGCCAUCCCCUAUGCAACAAAUGGAAGCGUGCUUGCAGACCGCCGGAAGGUUGAAACGGUCUCGCAGCCCGAACACGUCCAAGAGCACGUUAACGCCGCGAGUUACCGCGUCGUCGGUAUCAUCCUCGACUUCCACGGAGGCUCGGAACGAUAGCAACAACAACAAUCGUCAUCACGGUGACCAUCAUCCGAGCGAAAAUAGCGCGAGUUCGACGGAAGAACUCUCUCCGAAGAGACCCCUUCAUCCCGCUUUGGUUGGCGCCGGAGCAGCGCUCGAGGCGAAACCUCUAUGGGAAGAAUUUCAUCAACUGGGAACGGAAAUGAUCGUCACCAAAGCUGGAAGAAGAAUGUUUCCAACCUUUCAGUGUCGGUUCUAUGGAUUGGAUCCCAACACGGAUUACCUGCUAGUGAUGGAUUUUGUGCCCUGCGACGACAAACGGUACCGAUACGCGUUCCAUAGCAGCGCCUGGGUAGUCGCCGGCCGCGCGGAUCCAGUUUCACCCCCCAGAAUUCACGUGCAUCCCGACAGCCCUGCGAGCGGCACGCAUUGGAUGAAGCAACCAGUUUCCUUCGACAAAUUGAAGCUCACUAACAAUCAACUCGACGACAACGGACACAUAAUCUUAAACUCCAUGCAUCGAUAUCAACCACGAUGCCACGUGGUCGUGGCACCGUCCCCGCCUGGUUCCGGUCCAGAUCCUCGCACGGAGAACUUCAAAACUUUCGCCUUCCCGGAGACGAGAUUCACCGCCGUGACCGCUUAUCAAAAUCAUCUGAUAACGCAACUGAAGAUCGCCAGCAAUCCGUUCGCGAAAGGAUUUCGUGACUGUGAAUCGGACGAAUGCGAUUCGGUGACGGUUUCCGGUAUCCAGAAUCCCGCGAAACGACCCGCCACCGGCACCACCAGCGUUUUAUCGUCUGGUUACGGAAACGCAGUGCCAACCGUGCAAAUCCCAAACAUAUCCGGUCAAGAACAUCAUCAAUUUUACGGAGCUACUGCGACAGGAGCAUGGACUUAUCCAGCGCAUCACGGGCAACCAACCGCGCACGUAAAUCCUGUUCACUAUACCGCGCAUUCUCAUCCGCAUUCCGGAGCAUCUUUAUAUGGACCACGAUAA